CCAGGGGAGGGGAUUGAAGGCAGAGGAAGAGGCUGGGGUUGGUUUCGUCUAGGGAGGCGGUGAGCGGGUGCCCGUCUCUGCCUCAGCCUCAGCCAUGGAGCACAUUACGACGCCAAAGGUAGAAAAUGUCAAGUUACUAGAUCGUUACACCAACAGGAAGCCAGCAAAUGGAACGUUGUACUUGACAGCAACUCAUCUGAUCUAUGUAGAUGCUUCAGCCGAAGUUCGAAAGGAGACAUGGAUUCUCCACCACCACAUUGCUACUGUGGAGAAGCUGCCUCUGACCGCAUCAGGCUGCCCACUGCUUAUUCACUGCAAGAACUUCCGUGUCGCUCACUUUGUUAUUGGGCAUGAGCGGGACUGUCAUGAAAUCUACACUUCCCUGCUGAAACUCUCGCAGCCAGUGAAACCAGAAGAACUUUAUGCAUUCUCUUACAACCCCAAAAUGCCCAAAGACAACCGGGAGAUGGGCUGGAAGCUGAUAGAUGUCAAAGUAGACUACCAAAGGAUGGGGUUUCCCAAUAACUAUUGGGAAAUAACUGAUGCUAACAAAGACUAUGAGGUUUGCAGCACAUACUCUCCGGAUCUAGUGGUUCCUAAAGCAGCUACUAGGGCGAUGGUGCUGGGGAGUGCGAGGUUUCGAAGCCGAGGUCGGAUACCAGUGCUUUCCUACUUCUACAAAGAGAAUAAUGCUGCCAUAUGCCGUUGUAGUCAGCCCUUGUCUGGGUUCAGCGCCCGCUGCCUGGAGGAUGAACAGCUGUUGCAGGCACUGAGGGAAGCAAACCCAGGAAGUCCGUUCAUGUAUGUUGUAGACACAAGGCCAAAGUUGAACGCCAUGGCCAACCGAGCUGCUGGUAAAGGUUAUGAGAACGUUGAUAACUAUGACAACAUCCGUUUUAAAUUCAUUGGUAUCGAAAACAUACAUGUAAUGAGGAGCAGCCUGCAGAAGCUCUUGGAAGUGUGUGAAACUAAAUCUCCUUCAAUGAGCGACUUCCUUACUGGCUUAGAGAACUCUGGCUGGUUACGGCACAUUAAAGCUGUAAUGGAUGCUGGCAUCUUCCUUGCAAAGGCAGUGAAAGAUGAAGGCGCCAGUGUCUUAGUGCACUGUUCUGAUGGCUGGGAUCGCACUGCUCAGGUCUGCUCAGUGGCCAGCCUCCUCUUGGAUCCCUUUUAUCGGACAUUUAAGGGAUUCAUGGUCCUGAUAGAAAAGGAGUGGGUUGCGAUGGGCCACAAGUUCUCACACAGGUGUGGCCAUCUAGAAGGUGACCCCAAGGAAGUGUCCCCUGUUUUCACUCAGUUCGUCGAAUGCACCUGGCAGCUUAUGCAGCAGUUUCCCUGCGCAUUUGAUUUUAACGAGCGGUUUCUUCUUGAGAUUCACGAUCAUGUCUAUUCCUGCCAGUUUGGCAAUUUCCUGGGGACGUGUCACAAGGACCGGGAAGAUAUGAAAAUCUUUGAGAAGACUCAUUCCCUGUGGCUUUUCCUCCUCCAGAAGAAGCAAGAGUUCAGAAAUCCACUUUAUAAGGGAUUCACAGCUUAUAAGGAACUCUGGCCCAACACUCUGCCAUUUUGUUUCCAGUUCUGGUGUGGCAUGUAUAACCGGUUUGAUAAAGGGAUGCACCCAAAGCAGUCUGUGUUGGAUCAUCUCCUUGGCUGCAUCAGCCAGAGAGUGGAGUUGGAGGAUAUUGCCACUGAGUUGGAAAAUAAGCUGCCCCUCUUAGAUGGACCCCUGCCAGAUGGGAUUUCCAUCUUAUCCAAAAUUGUUACCACUUCAGCUGUCUGUUCAAAGUCCCCGAUGCUCAACACUCCCCAGGACUAUGAGGGUGAGCCCCCUGCCCUGCUGGCUAAUGGCACCAUAGCAGCAGAAGACAGUAAUGAUGGGACGGAUCAGCAGCUGAAGAGCAAAGAAGUCCUUGUUAAUCCCCUUGACAUCCGAAAUGGUGGCAGCAGCAGCAGCACCUCCACCACUCCUGGGACCAUGCAGCCCAGCGCUGAAGCAGGACAUCGCCAUAACCAUUGAACUGCUGUGAGCCAUAGAAAACUGGCAAUAAAGCAUGCAAGAGCUGUGGCCCGGUGCUGGGAGAGUCACUUCACCCGCGUAUGGCUAUGUCUUGUGUUCUGUAUUUUGAAAGCAAGGGAGGAGGCUGCUGUUGAGUGGCUUGCAGCAGCAGCUGCCUGGAAGUGGGGCAUGGGGCUGGCUGGCUUUUGGGUGGCUGCAAAGGGUUUCUAGACAUGCCUUCCAAAACUGCCACAGAAGUUCCUUUUUGGGGGACGCAAGUACAAAAUCCGAUACCGGCUUCUGAGGCAGGUAGCUCUUCUUAAGCAGGGGAGAGUUUUUAAAAGCCACAAAGGAUCAGAUACAUGAAAUCUAAAGCAUGGCUUUUCUUGGCCGGGUUCUGCCACCUUGCAUGGGAAUUCCAUUCAGCGGCAACACUGGGUUAAUUUUUGUGGUCCCUGCACAUAUCUUUGUUGUGCCUCUGUUUCCUUUUUUUUAAAGCCUGAGGUUAUUGUUGUGUCCGUUCACUGACAAUGUGAUGUUUUAUUACUGUCGUUACAUGACUGUAGUGUAUGAGUAUGUGAUCUUUUUUAAAAAAAGUGAUACCUUUUUAAAAAAACAAAACAACCUGUCUUGCGCAUAGUUGAUCUCUUUGUCAUUGUUAAUGGGCUUGAAUAAUCUUGUGGCACGUUGAUGACGUGACGAUAAGACUAUGGUCACAGGUCUUAAAGCCUCUAUAGAUGUCUUGACUGCUCAGUAACGCGCAGUUCAGCUUUUGCUCCUUUCGGGAGGUCUGGCUCAGACAUAGAGUGGGCUGCUGUGCAUCUUUGCUGUGUUGGGGGUGGGCAUGCACCCUUCCGCUCCAUCACACAGAUAGUAUUACAUAUGCACAGAAAUCCAGUUGCACAAGACGACACACACUUAGUCUUCCUGGCUUUGAGGGGAAAAAAUUGCAUGAAUUUGGUGCCCGUGUAGAGUGUCUGCAUCACACAUGAUCGACAGAGGGAGAGCAGUGUGACUGUUACUCUACUACGUGAAGAUUCUUGUCAGCUCACUAAAUAUCUGAAUUGGGUAGAGGUAUGUUUACUUUGAGACGUCACACGUUUGAAACAAAAAGGGACCAAUGUUUUGGGAAAUGCCUGGGGUCUUUCAGACAUUGUUGGACUCCUGCUCCCAUCAUUCGUGGCCAUUGGCUGUGCUGACUGAGACAAACAACUUCUGGAGGGCCCACAGGUUCCCCACCUCUUCUCUAAGACACUGUUCUUCAACCUUGGGUCCCCAGAUGUUCUUGGACUACAACUCCCAUCAUCCCCCAGCCAGCUUAGCCACUGGUCAAGGAAUCAUGGGAGUUGUAGAAUCAUAGAAUAGUAGAGUUGGAAGGGGCCUUUAAGGCCAUCAAGUCCAACCCCCUGCUCAAUGCAGGAAUCCAAAUCAAAGCAUUCCCGACAGAUGGCUGUCCAGCUGCCUCUUGAAUGCCUCCAGUGUUGGAGAGCCCACUACCUCUCUAGGUAAUUGGUUCCAUUUGGAGUCCAACAACAUCUGGGGUUGGGAACCAAAAUUGAAGUACACUGCUCUAAGACAUGCCUGAUUAGACCAAAUAGUGACAAUUAAGGCUUGGAGGCUACUAGUGACUAAAAUGGAAGAACCAGUUUGCACUUCCUAAAUCUUAAUUCUCCUGAAACCACCAGUAUCCUGUGUAGCAUCUCACAUUUAUUUUUUUCUCUCCCCCCCCCCGCAUCUUUGUAGUAUUGGCAACAUCAGUCCAUCUACCUGAAGUGGCGGUCUUUAGGAUAUUCUUAUCUAGAAAACACUGUAUCACAUUACUACAGUUUGAAAGUCUCUUCAGAAGUUAGCCACCGUCGCUCAGUUGUCAUUAGCAGCUAAUUUCUGGACUGUAUUUUAUAUAAACUACAUUGUAAAAUUUGCUUUGAGAAAGAGAUUAGUCCUAUUUUAAGGGCCAGCCUAGCAUUUUCUCAGCCCAUAAGAUUGGCAAAAUGGCAUACGUUGUGCCAGGUAAAUCAGCUUCAGUCUUCUAAUAAAGGUUCCUUCUUAAGAAUCUGGUUUGACAAGAGCAUUCUGCUCCACUUCCUUUUAGCCCUGCUGAUCAGAAAUUAAUUAGCAGUUUGCUACUAGAGACAACGCAGAGCUUAUGGUAUGGCAUGCCUGUCUGUAUUUUCCUUACUUACUUUUCGGCCUCCAGAUUUUUUAAAAAAUUUAAUAAAUUUUUGUUUUCAGAAUGUGAAAAAAGCAAGAAAACAGGGCUUAAAACACUGUUAUAGUCAAACACAGGGUCUUGAUAGAGAAGAUGGCAUAAUUAGAGAUAUGAAGGCCUGGAAAACGUGGAAUUUUGGGGGAGGGGAGGGUUUUUUAAUUUUUGUUUUUUUCCCCAAAAAAUGGAAAAAAGAGGGAGGAAACAGUUUUUUCUGGGUUUUUUCCCCGAAACCUUCAUAUCUCUCAAACACAACAAACACAAAUAAUACAAUUAUUAACAUACAAAGAUGUGACCAAAUGUAUUCAUGCUAAUUCAUAGGCACUGAAAGUCAAACAUGUCAUAGCAUUUUUCUUUUAAAAUGGGGGUGUCAAACCAUUAAGCCCCAGGGGCACAUUGCCUCACAAAGACCCUUCGGGGACUGCCUGUCAGUGCUGAAUGGGCCUUGAGCCCAGCGUGGGCAGAUCUGUGGGUGGGACUCUCAAUCGGCUGCAUUCCAGGCACACAAAAGUUGAUGUUACUACACCUACUCAUGCACAUCUUUCCAUCCAGGAAAGCAAGAAGCAUAUCUUGCAGCCGAGCAAAAGUACUAGAGGAGGACACAGAGCAGGGAGCAGCAUGGGGGGGGGGCAUAGUGAGAAUCCCAAGGGUGAAAGAGAGGCCCCCCAGACCUGAGUUCCCUACUCCUGUAAAGAUAAAAUAACUUUUUAUUUUGCCAUUUUAAAAAGCAAAAUGAGCCUUUACAGGCAUACCCCGCUUAACGUCGUUUCAUUUAAUGUCGCCUCGCUAUAACGUACAUGCGCCAUAUGCCUGUAUUUCUCCAGAAACGCGGCACAGCAGCAGAGGCUUUAGCAGGUGGGGGUGGAAAUAGACGCGAUCGCGCCACUGCAAAUCAGCUGGGAGGCGCGAUUGUGAUUAGCUGGGAGGCCGGUAGCGCAGCAGCAGAGGCUUUAGCGCACAGGGGUGGAAAUAGAUGUGAUUGCGCCACUGCAAAUCAGCUGGGAGGCGCAGGCAGCGCAGCAGCAGAGGCUUUAGCACGGGCUUUGAGGCUCCGCAUGAAGGAGAGGUAAAAAAAGUUUUAAAAGAUAGUGUUUCACUUUAAGGACAUUGUCGGUUUACGUACUUGCUCUGGUCCCAUUGAGUACGUUAAUGCGAGGUAUUACUGUAUAUUUUUUUAAAAAAUUAUACAGUACAUACAUACAUAAUCUAGAAUUAAGGCAUUCCAAUCGAAGAAAUUGUUAAACUAUGCAUUGAUAUCUUCCUGCAAUAUACAUAUAUCUUCUAAUGCCUCUAUAUAGCAUUUGGUAAGUGUUUCCAUUUAAUUCUCAACAUUAAUAGUGUUUAAUAUGUUGCAAAAAGAGCUUGACUUCUGGGGUACAGUUAGCUGACCUAUGCUAUUUUAAUAGAAAACUCCAUUGGUAACUAAUUCUGUCUUGUGAAAGAACGGUAGUUUCAAGCUUUGAGGCUCUGUUUCACAUCUCUGGGGAAUGAUCUGAAAGCAUUUGAAUCUUUGUGUGAUUGAUGAGAUGUUGGACUCCUGCCAUUAAGACUGAUGGGUCAGUCUUAAGUUUUUUAUCUCAGUCCUCUAUCACUACUGACACAUCUUCAUUCUAUGGUAGACUGAAUGAUCACUUUUUCUUCCAAGCCUAUCAUCAGUUCCUCUAAGAAGAUAAUCAGUUGUCUUUUUUUUCUUCCUUUGGGGUUGCAUCUUACAAUUUACUUUCCCUUCUCUUAACACUUAGCUCCUCAAUUUUAUCAAGCAUAAUCCUGUCCAGUCUAAUAAACUUUACCAGUCUUGUACUCUUGAUCUCUAAACCUUUCUAGUCUCUCAUCCAGUAUUAAAGUUUCUUUCCUCCUUUUUAAAAUACCUUUUGGUUUUUCUAAAGCCCUAAGUUCAGUUAACUGUAAAAAAAGAGGGUAAGCUUUCCAAUAGGGAUGCUUACAAAAUUCUCCCCAUCUGAAUUUCCCUUAAGUUGACUUUGGUGGUGCCAAAUGACCUUAGACUUGCUGGAGUGGCACUGCUGGGUCACUGAUAUAUAAUUAGACCAAAAUUUUAUUUCCCAGAUUUCUUGUUUGGUAUCCCAUGCAUGUGCAACUGGCCACAGUUUUCACUUUUUCUCCCUUAUAAUACUAGAACUUGGGGACAUCUAGUGAAGCCAAAUGUUGGAAGAUUCAGGACAGACAAAAUGAAGUACUUCUUCCCACAGUGCAUAGUUCACUUACGGAAUUCACUCCCACAAGAGGCAGUGAUGGGGCUUUAAAAGAGGAUUUUACAUGGAGAAUAAAGCUAUCACUACUAGCCAUGAUGGCUCUGUUCUGCCUCUGAAUGCCAGUUGCUGGGAAUCUCAGGUGGGUGGAGUACUGUUGAGCACAGCUUCUGCUUUCAGGCUUCCCAUGGGCAUCUGGUUGGCCACUGUGAGAACAAAACGUUGGGCUAACUGGGCCUUUGGCCAGAUCCAGCAGGCUCUUACGUUCUUUUGAUAAACAGCGUGACUUUCUAUCUCUUCUUCACAUAACUGUUGUAAAAAUGUAGCAUUCUGUAAGUUUAUCUUUACAUGUGGAUGAAUAUACUUAUUGUGGAGAUAGGCUAUGUCUGUUCACCUAAACGUCUGUGCUAGCUAUCUGGAUCUCCAGUUAAGAGACUGAAGUAACUCUUUGCAGGCAAGCUCAGAGAUUGGUUAAGGCCCCCCCCCCAAAAGGUCUUGUUUAAUUAACAGUACGCUCUCUACUUAAUGUUUGUGUGUAAGAUCUGAGUGCUGAAGGUCCGCACACAACUGAAUAUAUAAGGUUGCCUGCGCUGAUGCGUAUUGCAUUAGCAGGCAAAGAGGUAUUAUUUCUUUGGUCUGUGUAAUUCAGCUCUGCUCCCUGGCAAUCGCAUCUUUUGUGGCUUACCUAAUUAUGAGCAGCGUUUUCCAUGUCAAGAGCAAAAAAACAGAAAGCCAUUGAAAGAGCUACAGUGUGUGCUUGGGCCUCCUAUAUCUGAUGUAAUUGGCUUCCUACUGCGGCACCCAGCAGAGGCUAGUUUUGUUAAAGCUCUUACCUGCUGCUAAAAAUAGUGGCUUGGGAUGACUGGAAAGUCUGAAAGUGUCUGCCUAAGCCUCCCUGUGCAUAGGUUCCAUGAUGCUUCCUUCCUCGGUGGAUGCGGUGGGCUUAACCUCAUCACACCUGCCAGUCUGUUUUGAGCGCGUACGUCUUCUGUUUCCCAUCACUGUUGCCCCUAGCCUCUGUCUGACUCCGGUGUGUCCAGUUACACUGAGUAUGCCAUUACAAAGGGGAAAGAACAGCAACCCCCUCACCCCAGGUGCUUCAGUACACUUGGCUUGCGCAUUAGAAGGAGAAGACGCAGCCACUGCUGCUCCAAGCCCUCUCUGCCACUGCAAGCGCCAGACAGACAGCAGCUCGAGGACAUGCCCCUGCCACUGAUUAACACUGUCACAACAAAGUGAGUGCCUGUUGACUGCUUGCAAUCAGUGGGUGGAGUUGGGUCACAUCGUGCCACUUAGGAGAUGCUUAUAAUCUUGCAGAGUGCUGCCCGCACCUGGUGAAGAGUUACCACGUGCGUUGAGCAGCUAAGCCAGGGAUGGAAGAGCCCUGUGGGAUCAAGCCCAAGGCCCACUUAGACCAGCAUCUUGUUCUCACAGUGGCCAACCAGAUGCCCACAAGCAGGAUCUGAGCGCAACAGCGUCUGCCCCAUUUGUGAUUCCCAGCAACUGGCAUGCAGAGGAAUGUUGCCUCCGACAUGGAGGUAGAAUAAUUGGUCCUUUUAGAUGUUGUUGGACUCCCAAGUUCCAAUAGCCCAUAGCCAGCGUGGCCAAUGGGCAGGGAUGAUGGGAGUUGGUAGUCCAGCAGCUUCUGGAGGACCACAGGCUCCCCAUCCACAGGUUCAGCCAAGCUCACCAUUCCCUUACUAUCACAUGAAAGCAGGAGUAGCAAGGAUGCAGAACUGUUGGGUUCAUCACUGCAGAAAACUGCCUCCCCCGUCCCUGCAAAUGCAGCUAGUUGUGUAUAAUAGCUAUGUGGUGUGAUGGCGUCCAGUCCACACACAGCCCCAUAUUGCCAAGUUAAACCAUAGUUCAAUUCCAACAGUGGAAGGGGGGUUGGGGAUUUGGCCAGCAAGGGGGGGGAGGUCCCACUUCUCAUCUCUUGCUGAAUGCUUGCAUUGGCUGUGAUGCAAGGAGACUCGGUGUGCAUUGCGUUUGGUCUUGCCUAGUCGUCACUGAUGUGGUUAGCAUUGCAUGUUGUUCUAUAAUUUGGUUUGAAUGUCGCUGUCACACGUGAGCAAUCCUGAAGUGGACCUGGCUUACAUUCCCUCUCCUGCUUUGUGUUCACAGUUUUCUGGUGCAAGUCCUUCCUCAUAGCCUCAAAUACUUGGAGACCAAAUUUUACCUGCAGAGAGCCUGUAUCUGGCACAGAACCCUUGUGCAUUACAUGAGGUUGGGGGAGGCUGUUCUGCAGUCAUGCAGAGUGUUUGACUAGGCUUAUUGUUGUCCCUUGGGAACGUAAGGUGGGACUUAGAACACGCCUGCUUCCUUGUGGCUGCACCCAGCAGGAAGCAGAUCAGGAGGCAUUGGGCAAGGUGUGUUUUAAGCAUGCUUGUCUGGUUGCCAUCACUGAUCUUCUAUUUGAUCUUCUAUUACCCUCCAGAAGUUGUUGGACUCCAACUCCCAUCAACCCCAGUCAAGAUAGGUUCUGAUGGGAAAUGCAAUCCAAAACACCUGGAGAACACAUACUUAAGGGAGGCUACUGUAGAAUGUGUUUAAUAUUGUAUUUUAAAUUGCCUGUAACCUGGCACGGGACCUCUUGGUAAAGGGCGGGGGGGAAAUUGAAACAAUAAUGAGUCCUAGCCAUCAUAGCCGAUGGUCGGGGAUCAUGGGAGUUGCAGGCCAGCAACAUCUAGAGGACCACAGGUCCCUCAUCCAUGUCCCAACUGAGGAGCCCCCAUGCUUUUGAACCAUGAAAGCAAUGCUGGAAGACAGUAGGAACAUCUGUCCAUUCAUCUGACUCUGUGUAUGCAUAUUUGUGUGUGUGUGUGUGUGUAGCAAUUAUGGAUUGUGUGAUGUGGCAUUUGUUUUUUUUAAACCCAGCCCUGACAUAUAUAUUUAAGCAAGCAUACAGAGAUCAUGUCUGAAACUGCUCCUGAGGUCCUUCUGUGGCAACUUUUAAACGGCAUCUAAUAUUCAAGCGGAAAUAUUUUUCAAUUUCUGUACGUUUCCUAGCUGUUUUUGUCUGAAAAUAUUGCUGUUUUGAAGUAUGUGAUUAAUGGCUCCCUGUAUGUCAAAUUCAUUUUCUGGAUACAGUUUCACUUGAUACACUGCAAAUAUAUAUAUAUAUAUUGUUACUGCCCCUGAGAGUGGACUGUUGCAUUCUUUAAAAUAUGGUUGCAAGUUUCA